AAACGCACACACACACACAAACGCGCACACACACACACACAAACGCACAGAACAACGCGACUUGCUCCUCCCCAACGACGACCAUCAUCCGCAACACGACUUUGAGCCUGGUGUUGAUCGGACAGCAGCGCUAAGCAGGCAACACAGCAGGCGCCAUCGUCCCAGCUGCUGCACUGUAGUGAUGGGUUGGCGACGUGUGUGUGUGAGCGCCGUCGUUGCAGCAGCAGUCACUGCGUUGUUGUGCGCGUGCGUCUCAGAAGCAGCACCGCAGGAUCUUCAGCAUGGAGAUGAGGGUAGGAUCGGAACGCAGGCGGCGAUGGACUUUGAACAGACUGCAGGCAAUGAGAGACAAGCCAUUUGGCAGGUGGUGUCCAGGCACUUGGAUGACUUCCAUCUCCUCUCGCGCGCUGACGUCGUCGUGUCUUCAGCCACGCCAGCGCAACCAGGGAUGACACCCACGCACACACUCACGUUCGAAGUCAAGCAGGGUGUGCCCAUGACGGUAGCGCUAUCCCCUAACACGGCCCUCUUCAACCAUGGCACUCGCGUCUUGUCCGUGAGCCAAGCGGGUGUGCGCGAAGUUGCCCACAGCAUCCACACCUCGUUUUGGACAGACGGGCAGGGCGCCCGGUUUCGGAUCGAGGAUGGCAUUGUCCUGAGUGGCAGUUUCGCGCGCAACGACACCAGAUACACGCUGGAUUCCGUGCACGCCAUGUUGCACUGGACGGAGCUCCCCACCGUGGAGCAGGCGCUGUUUGGCGCGAACGAGGCCAUAUUCGCCGACAUUGCAUCACGGUAUCUGGUCGUGUACCACAUGGGCAGCAUGCGCUGGCCGCACAACAUCUUCUCGAACAACAGCAGGGCGUUCUCUGCGUGUGGCAGCGAACGCCUUCGCCGUGCAGCCGACGAACUGGCUGCAGCGGCAGAACCAGAAGGACAUGAACAUGACGCCCAUGCAUCGAGCCAGACCGCACGUGUCCGGCGCAGUUCUGAGGACAACACGUGCAAGCUGACGCUUGUUGGCGACUACCGCUUCUUUGAGCAUCUUGGCAGCAACACGGGUGCAGCCGUCAACACCAUGGUCGAAUUCAUCACAUACGUCGACAGAAACUUCCGCAUGACCACGUUUGGCCAGUUUGAAGACAUUGGGCUCGCUGUAUCGGACAUUGUCGUGUACGAGGACGCCGCCUCCGACCCAUACUACAAGUCCACACCAUGGGACGUGACGGCUCUGCUGCAGAAACUCUCAGAGCGCCCGAACGCGCCGCUGGACUGGUCGUCCGUCUGCCUGGUUCACCUCUUCACCUACCAAGACUUUGCUGACGGGGUGCAAGGGCUGGCGUGGGUUGGGAACGAGCGCAACGGAGGCAUCUGCGACGGAUUCGGACAGACGAAGAUGUCGUACCUCAACGCAGGCCUCACCACGGGCAUCAACUGGGGGACGGGGCUGAUGAAGCUCGCGUGGGAGCUGACGGUGCAGCACGAGAUUGGACACAACUUUGGCAGUCCACACGAUCCCGCCACAGCGCAAUGCACGCCAGAAGCGAACCACUUUGUGAUGAAUGCCAACUCUGUUGAUGGCACCGCGUCCAACAACGCACGCUUCUCGCCCUGCUCCACUUCCAGCAUUGAGGCCAUCAUUGCAGUCCGGGGCACGUGCUUCGCCCCAACGCCGGCCAACAUCUGCGGAAAUGGAAUCCUCGAGCCAGCAGGAGCCGACGACCAAGAAGGGACGAGCGACGACGAGGAGUGCGACGAGGGAUACAGCGGCGGGUCCUGCUGCACUUCAACCUGCAAACUCCGCUCUGGCGCAAGCUGCAGCGGCACCAACUUUGAGUGCUGUGAGGAUUGCCAGGCCGCCCCCAACAAACUGUGUUUCAAGUCGUUUGCCUUUGACAUCAAGUGCCGCGCGGAUACGCACUGCAAAGCAAACUCGUACACAUGUCCAGACAUCCAACAGAAACCGACGGGCACGGAGUGUGUCAACCACGGUCAGUGCGUCCCCGCCGCUGAUCCAGACAGCCGCUGCCAGCCCUUCUGUGCGGCGUUUGGGGCCGCAACCUGCCAGUGCGCUGCUGGUUCUGGCGAGGAGUGCUCGCUGUGCUGUGUCAAUGAUGAAACGGUCACGACGCUCUACUGCCCGCAGGGAUACACGUGGAACGCCACCACCGCCAUCUGCGACAAUGAUUCGAAUCCCUCCGACCACGUGGCGGGAUCACGUCCGUUCACAGACACAUGUACAGCUGCACACGAGGUGCUGUCUGGUGCGCAAUACAGUCAUCUGCGAACACCAGCGGGCGAAGCUCUCUCCCGUGCUUCUCUCAAGCUCACCCCAGGCUCCGUGUGCCAUGGUGGGACGUGUUCGGACGAGGGCACGUGCACAGCGCCACCAGACGACUUUGCGUCGCGCAUCUUCACCUUCUUCUCGUCCCUCACCCUCAACGACAUCAAAGAGUGGAUGAAGCGAAACAUUGUGCCAACAGUGCUGGUGCUGUCGAUUCUCCUCUGGAUUCCACUCUCCUGCUGCCUCGCAAAACAGGACGCGAAGAAGUUGAAGAUUCUUGAGGAGCAAGAGGCGAAACUAGAGGACCACCGACAGGAAUAUGUCGCCACCAAGAUGAGGGGCGGGCCCAGACCAAAGUCUGCAUUUCGCCUUAAACAGGACAAUUUUGCCGACAACACCCGCAGUCGUGUCGCACCAGCGCCAGUGGACACACCGGACACCAUUGGCGUCAAUUAUUCCCCACAACAGCAGCAGGAGGCGUGGGCCACGCGGGGAGACAUUGCUGGAACAAGCUUUGCUUGAGCUGUUGUUUGUUACAAUCGAUGAUGGUUCGCAUUCGUGUGCGCGUGCGUUGGUUUUGUUUUGUUAUUGUGCUGCUGCUUUUCCUGGUUCUAUUGUGUUGCUCUGUCCCUUUGCGCACCUUUUUCGUCCGUGUUGUAUUUCCUUCUCACAACCAGAAGCAUCGGAGAUGCUCAUGUUAUUCGUCUGUUUGUUGGCUCUUGUGCUUGCAAGCAAAUGUGCUUCGCCGUCAUGCCACUGUGAUGAGUGGUGCUGUCUACUGGCCGCUGCUCGCAUUUAUCAGCCAAUGCGACCUUGACACCCAAUUAAAUGAAACGACAACCAA